UUUCUGAAAAACAUUGGUUCGGGGCAUCUAUAUAAGACGAUGGCAGUACAUGGAUCUGAUAUUGGUUCCAGUUUCCAGACCAGCGUACCAUUAGACAACGACGACAAUGCGUGGAUUGAUUGUGUUUACCGCCCUUUUGGCUGUUGCCUAUGGCAUCGCUCCUCUUCAGCGUGCUAAGGAGAGCAUCAAGGACAAGUACCUUGUCAUGAUCGAUGACAACGUCGACGUGAGUGAGUUCGGUGCCCGUCUUUCUUCAGCUUUCUCUUCCCGCCGUUUCAGGCUUGCCAAGAUCCUCAAGACUUUUAAGAACAUGCAGACCCUUUCCCUUGAGCUCAGCGAGGAUGCCGUCGAGUUCCUCCGCAGGUUCGAUGGAGUUGUACACGUUGAGGAGGAUGGUGUUGUCCGUACUCAGGCCGUCGCUUCAUGGGGUCUUGACCGUAUUGACCAGAGGAAUCUUCCUCUUGAUGGAUCCUACAACCCAAUGAACUCUGGUGCUGGUGUGAAUGUGUACGUGAUCGAUACCGGUGUAUGGCCCACUCACAACGACUUCGGAGGCCGUGCUGUCGCCGCUUACGAUGCCCUCGGCAACAACAACGGAGUUGACUGCAAUGGUCACGGUACCCACUGCGCAGGAACCGUUGGUGGAACCGACUACGGAGUCGCCAAGAGUUCCAACAUCUACGGAAUCCGUGUUCUCGGAUGUCUUGGAUCAGGAUCAAACUCUGGAAUCAUCGACGGAAUGGAUUGGGUUGUCUCUAACGGUCGUCGCCCAGGAGUUGUCUCCAUGUCUCUUGGAGGUGGUGCCUCCAGCACCACUGAUGCUGCCGUCAAGCGCAUGUACGAUGCUGGCUUCACUGUCUCCGUCGCCGCUGGUAACAGUGAUGAGGAUGCUUGUGGAACCUCCCCAGCCAGGUCUGGAUAUGCCCUGACCGUUGGUGCCACUGAUGAUCGUGAUGCCCGUGCCUCCUUCUCCAACUAUGGCUCCUGCUUGAACAUCUUCGGACCUGGAGUUGACAUCACCUCUGCCUGGAAGGGAUCUGACAGUGCUGUAAGCACCAUCAGCGGUACCUCCAUGGCCUGCCCACACGUCUCAGGAGUUGCUGCUCUUAUCCUUGCCGCCAGCCCAAGCAUGUCACCAUCUUCCGUCUACAGUUCAAUCCUCAACAGCGCCACCAGCGGUAAGGUUAGCAACAGGGGAUGGCUUUCACCAAACCUUCUCCUCUACACCAACUAAACUACACGCAUGGCUGACAUGACCUUUUAAGAUGUCUCAGAUGAAUUGUUAUUGUUUAGAGAAAUUACAUAGUAUUAUGACAGAAUGAUUCAAUAAAGUAAACACUGAAAAAUAA